ACCUAAUGCAAAUAUCAAACAACCAAAAUUCUACACAAUCACUACACUUAAUUACCACCACCAAACUAUGGAGAAGAGCCGAUCGUUUCCGCAGUACUCGCCGGGCCUCGGGUACGAAGCUGGGCCCGGCCCGUACUCGUUCAAUGGGCCGAGCACGUCGAACGAUCCGGAGAUGAAGAGGAAGAAGAGGAUUGCUUCAUACAACAUGUUCACUACGGAAGGUAAAGUGAAAGCAUCUAUGAGAGGCAGUUUCAAGUGGAUCAAAACCAAAAUUGAUGAUAUUCGUUACAAUUUAUAAUGUUUGUGUAAUAUAUAUAGUUUCUUGUUGAUUAUUUCUUCUCUUUUUCUCUCUUUGAUUGUAUGGAAGCAAGAACCGGUUCUUUGUUUGUUGAGAAUAUUUCUUCUUGAAUGAGAAUAUGGGAUUUCAUAA